AAGAAGUACCGGCUGGUAAGGCAAAGCACACGUGUGACUAAAAGUCUGAGAGUCUUGAUGACCAUUCAUUUUGUAAACCUAUUGUCGCAUGUAAACGUAUGAAUAAUCUCCAUUGGAUUUUGUAAAUGUGUUGUAGUGUGUGAACGGACUGAACAUUUUACCCUAUGUUCUCCUGGUUCUCUUGGUUGCUCCAGAAUGCUAUAGGAAGACUACAGGAAUGGCAACAAACACGGUAGAUGCUGAGUCCAGGUACGUCAACAUGGGCUUCGAGAUGGAGCAGCGACCUCCGCCCUUUAACCCAGGGGCCGUGAGGGGAUUGCCCCUGCCAGGCUUCAGCCCAGAGGUCAAGGGGGAGAAGGCGACCUCCAACCCCUCUGAGGUCGUGGGUGAGACGCCAGAGUACGUCAUGGAGACUGUGCCAACCCCACCCCCCAAACCCAAAAGUCUGAAGAAGAAGUGUAAGAACUACACAGUGACAGCUGUGAUGAUACUGCUGGUCCUGGGGCUGUGUACAGGCAUCCUACUGGCAUACUACUUCUUAUCUCCGUGUGGUGGGGGGGAUGUGAUGUGGUGUGGGGAUGGCUUGUGUGUCAAGAAGGAACAAUGGUGUGACGGGACCCCAGACUGCACCAAUGGAGACGAUGAAACUAACUGUGUGCGUCUCUCAGGGACAGGUUUCCAUCUACAGGCCUACUCUCGCAGCAGGCUCUCCUGGGGGGGGGUGUGUGCCGAUGGCUGGACUGACGAAUUUGGGAGACAGGCCUGUGAGAGAAUCGGCUUUAGCAGCGGAUCGUAUGUGAGCUCAGGCCAGGCUCCUGUGGGCUCCUCUGGUGCUGGAGGCUUCAUGCUCCUCCCAGAUGACGUGAAGCCCACUGCCAACAUUCUCACCAACUUCCAGGACAGUGAUACCUGCCCUUCGGGUAAAAUAGUAACCCUGCGCUGCAUUGCGUGCGGUAUCAAGAACUCCUCUAGGUCGGAGAGGAUUGUGGGAGGUCAUGAGGCGGCCUAUGGGACGUGGCCGUGGCAGGUGUUCCUGAGGGACAGCAUGCAGCAGGUCAUCUGCGGAGGAGCCCUCAUCGCCCCCUCCUGGAUACUCACAGCAGCGCAAUGCGUGCAGAGUGUGCCUGAGCCCUCAGAGUGGGAUGUCUAUGUGGACUUCUACAAUGAUGUCAAGACGCUCUUCUCCAACGCUAAGGAAGUAGCGCAACUCAUCCCAUAUCCACAAUACAACAACAAGACACAGGACAACGACAUUGCCUUGAUGAAACUAAAGCAGCCCCUUCAAAUGUCAGACUCUUUGAAGCCCAUUUGCCUGCCAAAUGUCAACAUGAAUGUCACCGCACCUCAGCCCUGUUGGAUUGUGGGAUUUGGGAGGACCUCAGAGGGCGGUGCAACCUCCUCCAGUCUCAUGGAGGCGGAGGUGCCCCUGAUAGACCCAGAGCAGUGCAACAGCAAAGAGGUGUACAACGGCAAGGUCACCAGCAGUAUGAUCUGCGCUGGCAAACUGGCAGGAGGGGUCGACCGCUGUGAGGGUGACACAGGUGGGCCUCUAAUGGUGGAGGAGGACGCCCUCUGGUGGCUCAUUGGAGACAUUAGCUGGGGGCGGGGCUGUGGGCGUGUCAACAAACCUGGUGUCUAUGGCAACGUCACCCACUUCCUGCCAUGGAUCUAUGCACAAAUGAAGUUACACAACGAUGCCUGAACUGACGCAUGGAUGCACUUCACGAGGAAAGCCCGGAACCUAUUUAUUUAUAUGUAAAAUAUGUAAAGUGCUAUUUUUUCUACUAAAUUUGCACAUUGCCAUAACAUAGGUCAAUAUUCAUGUUAGAAACAUUUUACAGUUUUCGGAUUAGUUUACAACAUCCAUAUUUUUACUCUAACCCGUCUCUCCUCACUCUGCCUGGCUCCACGAGGAUCUAUACAAGGAUCUGGCGAGAGCCAGGUGAACUUUACUCAUCCUUUUUAUAUAAAAAUAUUUAAGUGAGAACUCAAGCCUCUCGAAAAUGUAACAAGCAUUUUUAAUGUGUUUGGACAAGUAAAUUAUAGAAAUGGUGGAAAGUUACAAUGAGAACAAUUUUGUUGUGUUAUUGACUAAGCUCAAUGGAUUAUGUUGUGAAGCCUGACUAAAGCCGUUUAUGAAUGUUUGUCUGAAGUGAUCAGGUGAUCACAUUUGAACAUGAAAUUGUUUUUUUUUUACUGAGGUGGAAACCUGGAGCACACUACAGAUUAAGUUUAAGAUACUCUGAGGAUGUUGUAAACAUGUAAACAUCAGUUGAAUGUCUGGACUUAGUAAAUGCUUUAAUCAGGGGUGUCAAACUCAAAUUGAUUGAGGGCCAAAAUCAAAAUCUGAUACGAAGUUGUGGGCCGAAUUCAAUGUUUAUUUUUUUUAAAUGACUAAAAUUGUGCGUGCAUGCACUGAAUAGUGUUACAUUUCACACACAGUCUUUCCCAUCAUACAGUAUACAGUAUACUGUAUGGUAGUUCAAAUGUGUUUGCAUACAUUGUGUUGCAUAAGAGUAUGAGCUGUUUCAUUGGCCUGGGCCCAGUCACAUUCCUGUAACACCCCAAAUGUCAUGUUCACGCUAUGCAUUAAUGGUGUAUAUGUGAAUAAAAUGACUGCGGGCCCAAUUUGGCCCACGGGCCUGAGUUUGACAUCCCUGGCUUAAAACAGUGUGCAGUGUGCUCCAGCCUCUUUUUUCAAUUGGUGUUUACGUUUUUCAGAGUCUCUGAAAAAAAAGAUGUAAACAUGGAAACAUUAGUUGAGAGUCUGCACCAAUUAAAUAUUUAAACUUUAA